AUGUCUGCUGCACAGCAGGUUUUCGAUACAUAUGAGCUACUCGAGAUGAUCAUCUGUCACACUGAGCAGCACCAGGCAGGUUCUGUUUCCAGGUGCAUCGGUCACAUGCUAACGCGACUUCAGAUCCGCGAACUGAAGCUGGUGGGCGCGAACUGGCGCCAUAUCAUCUCGACUUCGAAAGCAGUACAGCGUGCACGUGUAGUAAAGAUGUAUACUACUUUCGCACCUUUCAAAGGCAUAGACCUGAACAGCUUGAGCAGGUGGUUGUUGCAUGCCACUACUUUCGCUUACGCAUCAUGCCGUGGUGUGACUCCAUGGUACAGUGCACUGUCCUGGCUCAGAAUCAACCCCAUCUUCGAGCACGUGUCUGCGCAGGGCCGAACGGAUUCCAAGUCUCGAUCGAAGCUACGCAUAAAGAUCACUAUACCAGAAGACACGGCAUCCAACUACCUCGCCGCAUCAGCACAGUUUGCGACUGAACCACCGUGCAACGCUAUCCAGGUGGCUACGCAUCAUUUCGAUACUUCUCUCAAUCGAUGGUCCCAUCCUCGGGAAUCCACAGUCUGCUUGGCAUACAACAAGGACGGAGUCAAAGUGGGCGACAUUCUCGCUGUGCGCGACAUGGUCCAUACUACUCACAUGAGAGUCAAUCGCGUCAGGGAUCCUGGUGAUUAUGGGAUCACUGCCAUCCUCUCGGUGAGAGGAGUUGAUCCUCGGACUGCGUCCGUCGCCGAGAGAGCGAGGAGUGCGCGUUACUUCGACCUGCUGCCGCGAUUCAGGCGGGUCUCACAUCAGCCUGGACGAGAGCUUAGAAUUGCGAAUGAGAAGGACUUGGCCUCGGUGUGGAAGCCUGGCAAGAAGUAG